GUAUACUUGAUGAUCAUUUCAAAGCCGCAACAUCGCUCUCCUGCUACUUACCUACCUCCGCCUCUUCUGAAUGAUCCUUUUAAGGAGAAGACGCUCGAUUACAUCACAAUUACGACAUAUUUGACGACUUUGCAUUCCGCUUCAUUGUGCGUUUUGGGUGACAAGGUGGAAGCAGUCUGGUGCGAGUCCGUCGGACGGACGCGCUUAUCGCCGCAGUGGUGCGUUUCUAUUUUGACACCACGCGAGGACGUGCGGACUGGUGGUUUUUUAUCGACUGGUUUAUUUCCAGCCGGAUAUUUAUCGUGAUUGAUUAAUCCGCCGAUCUGGUAUCCGGCGGGGCAAUGCAGCACGGCGACGGGUGCUUAUCUGCAGGGGUAGGCGUGUUCGGCACCAGCCUGACCACCAGGGUGAUCAUCCCGCUGUUGAAGAAUGAGGGAUUCGCCGUUAAAGCGCUUUGGGGCCGCACGCAGGAGGAGGCGGAGGAGCUUGCAAAGGAGAUGGACGUCCCGUUUUACACCAACAGGAUCGACGACGUGCUGCUGCACCAGGACGUGGAUCUGGUUUGCAUCAACCUGCCUCCGCCUCUGACGCGGCAGAUCGCCGUCAAAACCUUGGGUAUCGGAAAGAACGUGAUUUGUGAUAGGACAGCCACGCCUUUGGAUGCCUUCCGAAUGAUGUCUGCAGCCCAGUACUACCCUAAGCUGCUGAGCAUCAUGGGAAAUGUCCUCCGCUUCUUGCCAGCCUUUGUUCGAAUGAAGGCGCUGUUGGAGGAAGGCUACAUAGGCGAGCUUCUGGUUUGUGAGGCGCAGGUCCACAGUGGCAGUCUCCUAGGGAAGAAAUACAACUGGAGCUGCGAUGACCUCAUGGGUGGUGGCGGCUUGCAUUCAGUUGGCAGUUACAUCAUCGACCUGCUAACUUUCCUGACAGGCCAACGUGCGGCAAAAGUCCACGGCUUCCUCAAGACCUUCGUCAAACAGACGGACCACAUCCGAGGCAUCCGUCAGAUCACCAGCGACGACUUCUGCACCUUCCAGAUGGUGCUUGAAGGCGGGGCCUGCUGCACCGUCACCCUCAACUUCAACGUCCCCGGAGAAUUUCGACAAGAGGUGAUCAUCGUCGGAACAGUUGGGAGGUUAUCCGUCAUGGGGACGGACUUGUAUGGACAAAAGAACGACGGUAGCGGAGGAAGCGGGGGAGGCCCGGAACUUCUUCUCAAAGACUCCACACCUCUUGAAAAUGCUUCGUUACCAGAUAAAGCCUUCAGUGACAUCCCUUCUCCGUAUCUCACCGGAAUGAUCCGAAUGAUCCAGGCGGUUCGGCAGGCCUUUCAGGACCAGGACGAUCGGCGGACGUGGGACGGCAGGCCUUUAACCAUGGCCGCCACUUUUGAGGAUUGUCUUUAUGCUCUCUGCGUGGUGGACACCAUCAAGAAAUCCAACCAAUGUGGCGAAUGGCAGAACAUUGUGGUGAUGACGGAAGAACCAGAAGUCAACCCGGCUUAUUUAAUCAGCGAGGCUAUGCGUCGGAGUCGGAUGUCACUCUACUGUUAGGAUUCAGGCGAGGUAAAGAAUCGAUCCGAUCUGAACGGACUUAUCUGACCUCAAUAGUACGUUUGGUGCUGUCAAAUCUGUAUUGUUGCUUUUACCCGCCAAAUCAACUCCAAUGAUAGUGUUUCUACCCCAAACAAUGAUCAAAUCUUUAUUUAUAUGGAGGGAGUCAGUCCUUGUCCAAGUCCAACUACUGCUACCGAGUUGUUCUUUACCAGAAAGGUAUUGCGCUUCUCAUCUCCUGAAAUGGUCUGGAAGAAAGCAACACACACUGUGAGUUUGUGUGAAGCCAGCCAAGGAUAAAAAUGUAAGUGCUGCUGUAAAGUUGCUUUAAUACAAUAUACUUGGAAAGUUUACCAUGUGAAUGUGCUUCAGGCAGUUUUUCUCUGCCUGUCCUUUUUUUGUGUGAUGCAACAGAGAGGGAGGGGGUGGGGGAUCGAUAGUUUGGCUGGUGGGUUACCUAGUGAGCUUUAAACUCCGCUUUGGUCAUAUGAAAGAUUUGAGUUAAAAGUCUCAUUGUACAGUUUUUAUAAAAUCAUUUGGAUGCUGUAAGAUUCUGAAUGGGAAAAAAAAAAAACGGGCACAUUUUUGCACUCAAGUACAGUCGCGAAAUGGAUCGGUAAUUAUGUUUUAUGCAUUCAUCAAAUGUCGAAGGUAUUAAACGCUAUUUUGCUCUGUUGCCUCGUCUUCCGCAAAAAUGUGAACGGCAAACAGAACUUUGUGGGGGUUUUUUUAGUUAUGUAAACAUCGUUUCAUGUGAUUCUUCCAGAAUUCCAGAUAUGACUGGCGGUUUUCCAGUGAUAAGGUUCUUCCACAACAACACAAAAACUGUGUAUGAAAUUAAAUACCCACACUUGAUUAGUUGACUGUGAAGAAUUUUGUUGAUCACAUUUAUUAGUGAUCAGCCACAAAAAUGCACUACUUGGCUCCAACCAACAGAAACUCGAUGUUGAGUUCAUUGAUGUUCAUUUUCCCCCCAAAAGUCGAUCAAGGAAAUGUGGCCAAAUAUUGUAGUUCUGUUUUUAAUAUCCACAAAGGGUUUUUUAUUCUAACUUAAUUGUACCAUUACAAUCUUAGCCAUCUUUUUUUAAAAAUGUUAUCUUUACUGUAAAAAUGUUCUAAUUAUGAAAAAAAAAUUGUUUACUAUCUUUCUCCGAAAAUCGUAUAAUUUAUCCAUGUCACAUGUACCAAAUACAUAUACAGUUGGGUUAUUUUUAGAAUGGCUUCUAAUUUAAGAUGAACUGACAUAUGACUCACAUCUAAAAUUUACCAAAACAUCAGCCAAACUAUAAAGCAUCAUUUUUCCACUCAGAAGCUAAAAAUGUUACUUUUUUUUAUUUGUCUCACUUCUUCUGUAUGGUUUCAUUUUACAUCAUUUUACCGAUGUAACAACUACUGAAAAUGUACAUAUGGUUACAUUAUCAAUAGAACAAUGUUGUUCUGAAUAAGAAGUACUGUAUGUAUUUUAUUUGUACAAAAAAAUUAGUAAUAAUAACUGGAAUCUGUUUUCAUGAGUAUUGCCAGGUAUUUAUUGUUUGUUUGCUGUAUGCUGCUGAAACUUCAUGGACUGACAUGCAGUGUACAGGAUGUGGGACAAUAUAAGCUGGGCCCUAUAUUUCCCGUCCAUAAAAUAGAAUUGUUUGAAACAC